GCUUAAGUUUUGUCAUUUCUCGUUGGUUUGGCUAGAUACUUUUUGUUAACUUAAAUUUUAUACACAAUCCAUUGAAGUUCUGAAUCUCGGUGUAAUCAAAGCCUUUCUAAAAUACAGUAAAAUACAGGGUUACGUACAAGCAGUGACAUAACUAGACUGUUGAUUGGUAAGGUCAUCAGUUUGUGUGGCUCUGAAGUGUUAAACAUACACAUAUCUCAGCUAUUGAAGUUUACUAUAAUGACCAGUAAAUUUUAUUGUUGCUCCAAACAAUAUUUCAUUUAUGGACAUCAGUGUUAGUCACAUUACAUUCUUACGCAUAGCUGAACUUGAAUAUUUUUUAGACUGAAAAUAUCACGAGUAAUUCACGUUUUAAUUAGGUGUCAUAGUUGAUACCAGGAGUAAACUCAUCCCAAAUCAUGCAUUCUUAAAAAAUCAAGAAUGUUGGUCAUCAUUAUAUCGGUUGACCUCAUCAAAAAGAAGUAAAAGGAGCACUCUAAGUUGUUUUCAAGUUUUCUUAAAUAAAACAGGUGUUUAGUGCUUUUAGUAUAUUUGGUAGGUCUCUUUCAGAUUGAUAUAUUGCUUAUCAUAUAAGUUAAUUUAUCUUUUUUACACCAAUCACAGUUUCUUCAUGAGGUUGCUUAAACCGACCUGGGUGUCUCAUGGAUUUCUGUCAAAGGACAAAGCUGUUGGUAAGUUUUCAUCAGUUUCGUAUGUCCGCUUCAGGUCGACCUAUAUAUAGUUUAGAUAUACAUCCUGAUGGUUCACGUUUAGCCACUGGUGGGGUAAUCGACACAUGUGGAGUUGUUGUUUUGUGGAAUAUGGCUCCUAUUCGAGAUCCAACUUUAGAGUCAAGUGAUAACUCUUGUCUUAAGCUUUUUCAGAUGGACAGUCAUCAAGCUUGUGUCAACUGUGUUCGUUGGUCACCAUCUGGUCGUUGGUUAGCGUCUGCUGGAAUGGACAAAGUUAUUAUGUUAUGGUCGAAAACAGCCGGUACAUCUCGUCCAGUUCAGGUAUUCGGUUCAAAAGAGCCUACCAAGUUUACGGAACAUUGGCGUUGCGUAUCAACCCUUCGAGGCCACAGUGGUGAUAUUAUUGACUUAUCUUGGUCUCAUGAUGGAAAUCGUUUAGCUUCUACCAGUGUUGAUAAUUCUGUAAUUGUUUGGUGUCGUCAAAAACUUCCUAAUGGUUCAGGUUAUACAAGCAAUUCUUUCUAUUUACAAGCAACUUUAAGUGGUCAUAAAGGUUUUGUGAAAGGUGUUACUUGGGAUCCAGUUGGUCGUUAUUUAGCUAGUCAAGGAGAUGAUUUAACUGUGAAAAUAUGGCGUACUGCAGACUGGCAGGAAGAAGCUAGCAUCAGUAAACCAUUUACAAAGGUAAUGUUAAUGAUACGUUAA